CCUCGAGCACAUUUCCAAGUUCGAAACUCCCAAAAAUGAAUCCUCUAUUGUCGUCAUUCCUCCCAUUUUUCCUUUACUUGUCAUCGUUUGGCACAAUCCUCUUGGUCUCUGUGCAAGCAUUAUCAAUCAGAGAAGCAAGCAUAAGUGAUAUCCAACAAGCUUUCAAGCAGGACCAACUCACUUCCAGGCAACUCACUGAGUUCUACCUCAGCGAGAUCCGUCGGCUCAACCCGAUCCUGAGAGGAGUCAUCGAAGUGAACCCAGACGCGUUGUAUCAGGCUGGUAAGGCCGACUGGGAGCGCAAGGCCAAGCCAUAUGGCUCGCUGCCCAUCCUGCAUGGGAUUCCUAUCCUGCUCAAGGACAACAUCGGGACGAAAGACAUGCUGAAUACCACGGCUGGCUCAUUUGCGCUGCUCGGCUCUGUUGUGGCUCGGGAAGCGGGAGUGGUGGCUCGCUUGAGGAGUGCUAGCGCCAUUAUAUUGGGGAAGGCUAGCUUGAGCGAGUGGGCAAACUUUAGGUCUUUAACUGCACCAAAUGGUUGGAGUGCCAGAGGGGGUCAGGGCAAGAACCCGUAUGUUCUUUCAGCGGAUCCUUGCGGAUCAAGUAGUGGAUCGGCAAUUUCGGUGGCGGCUAAUAUGGUGGCAAUUUCACUGGGAACCGAGACUGACGGAUCAAUCUUAUGCCCUGCUAGUGUUAAUUCAGUAGUAGGCAUCAAGCCAACUGUUGGCCUCACGAGCCGAGCUGGGGUUGUUCCUAUCACUCCCAGACAAGACACCAUCGGGCCACUGUGCCGAACUGUUUCGGAUGCCGUGUACGUUCUUGAUGCCAUAGUGGGUUAUGACCCCAAUGACGGAGCAACGAGAGAAGCGUCAAAAUAUAUUCCUCGAGGCGGCUAUAGACAGUUUCUCAAAGCCCACGGGCUCCAGGGAAAAAGGCUGGGAAUAGUGAGAGAUCCCUUCUUUGAUUUCACCAAUAAGCCCAGCCAAACUCUUGCUUUUCAGAAUCAUUUUCAAACAUUACGGCAAGCAGGAGCAGUUUUGGUGGACAAUCUGAAGAUAGACAACAUUGACAUCAUCUUGAAUGCCACUGCGAGCGGCGAAGCAAUAGCCAUACUAGCAGAGUUCAAAAUAACUUUGAAUGCUUACUUGAAGGAUCUCGUGGCGUCUCCAGCGCGAUCCUUGGCAGAUGUCAUAGCUUUCAACCAGAAAAACUCUAAACUGGAACUGACUGAUCAGAUCGGCCAGAACAUCUUUCUGGCAUCUGAAGCCACGAACGGUAUCGGCGAUGUGGAGAAGGCAGCUUUGUCGAACUUGACAUACCUAUCAAGCAACGGAUUCGAGAAACUGAUAAUGCAGUACAAUCUAGAUGCGAUCGUCACUCCCGGGUUCGAAGUUGCCCCAGUUCUUGCCAUCGGCGGAUUCCCGGGGAUUAGCGUCCCUGCCGGUUACGACGACAAGGGAAUACCGUUCGGAAUUUGUUUCGGAGGACUGAAGGGUUCGGAGCCGAAGCUGAUCGAGAUCACCUACUCAUUUGAGCAAGCGACAAAGAUUAGGAAGCCUCCCUCAUUCAAACCUUGAUGACUUGAUGCGAUUUCUCCCUCUUCUUGAAGUGUAAUGCCUCAAAAUGGGUUGCAGUGUGAAGGAGACCGGAACUCAUUCAGUAUUAGAGGAGAGAUAUUUGAUUAAUAUUUACUCCUUAAAAAAUAAAUGAAAUAGCAUCUGCUUAGUGUUGUUAUUUUGCCAGCUGAAAUUUACUCUUUGUAUGCCCAUCAGUCAA